GUUCAACCUCAUUUCCUGUCAGUGAAAGAUUGGGUUACCAUGGUGUUUGAUACCCUUCUGGUCAUUGUUGAUAGCCACUACCAACCCAGAGGACAAUUUUUCUCCUCAUUUUAUCAUAAAUCCUAUUCCGGUGAAAACACGGCCAGUGCCAUUGCCCGUUCCGCGGCCGCCACGGCUUUGUCCUUCCUUGUGCCAAUUUUCAUUAUCUCUUGCAAAGAGAAGGUUGAGGAAAUCCUGAACAUGCUGACUGCCAGGUUACCUGGGAAACCAAGCGCUGAUGAGUCUCAAGCCGUGCAAAUCCACAUGGGCCUUGCACUGGGGAUGUUUCUCUCUCGCUUGUGUGAGGAGAAACUCAGUGAUAUAUCUAGCCAACAGAUGAACCUUCUUCUGAUGAAGUCUUUGGAUGCCCUGGAAAACUGCUGCUUUGACCCUAGUCUUGAAUACAACACGGGCUGCAUACUGGGAGCUGGCCUCGUCCUGUCCCUCAUGAGUCACAGCGGCCAGACGGAGUCCCGAGUUCACGUGGCCGCCUCGCUCCGGAAGCUCUCCGCAUACCUGGAUGCCAGCGGGAGCCAGAGCAGAACCUUCCAGGAGGUCCUUGCCUAUACCCUCAGCUGUGUAUGUACAUCUGCGUUCAGUGCUGGCAUCAUUGAGGCAGUGGAGGCUGAAGAUAUCAUGAACAAGCUUCGACUGUUAGUGGACAACAACCAGCAGACUUCAGGUUUUGCCCUGGCAUUAGGAAACAUAAUCCAUGGCUUGUCUGUGUGUGGACAUGGAAAAGCUGAAGACUUGGGGAACAGAUUGCUUCCGGCCUGGAUCAAAACUGUCCUAACACAGGGCUCUCCCACAAUGCUUUGCUUGGCAGCUCUUCAUGGCAUGGUGGCCUUGGUAGGCUCUGAAGGGGAUGUAAUGCAGCUGAAGUCAGAAGCCAUCCAGUCCUCUCAGUUUCAAGGCAGACUUAAUGAAGUCAUUAGAACUUUAACUCAGGUCAUCAGUGUGUCUGGGGUGAUUGGUCUUCAGUCAAAUGCCAUCUGGCUUCUAGGACAUCUUCAUCUGUCUACUCUGUCCUCAAAUCAAAGUAGAACCUCGGUUCCUACUGACUACAGCUAUUUGCCUGAAAGCAGUUUUAUUAGAGCAGCCGUUGGCUUCUUCGUUACAGGAGGAAAAAAAGGUCCUGAAUCUGUGCCCCCUUCCCUUCUCAAAGUUGUGAUGAAACCUAUAGCAACUGUUGGAGAAAACCACCAGUAUCCUCCUGUGAACUGGGCUGCUCUCCUCUCUCCACUUAUGAGGCUAAACUUUGGUGAAGAGAUUCAGCAACUGUGUCUUGAAAUUAUGGUGACCCAGGCACAGUCCUCCCAGAAUGUCACUGCACUGUUGGGAAUGUGGGUGAUGCCACCUCUGAUCCAUGGUCUGAGUCUGAAUGUCAAGAAAUACCUUCUCCUAUCUGUGCCUUCAUGGAUAAAAUGUGUCUCUGAUGAACAGACUGUGGGUUUUGUUGAAAGCUUAAUGGUGGCAGUUUUUAAAGCAGCUUCCCCACUCUCCAGUCCUGAGUUACGCCUAAGUGCCUUACAGGGCCUGAGUCAGGCCAUGAAACUGCCCAGCCCUUCCCACCACCUCUGGAGUCUGCUCAGCGAAGCUACUAGGAAAAUUUUUGACCUCCUGCCAAAUAAGAUUCGGAGAAAUGAUCUAGAGCUGUAUAUCAGUGUAGCAAAGUGCCUCUCGGAAAUGACAGAUGAUGAAGCCAAUCGGAUUGCCCAGAUUACUGAGAGUAGCCUAGAAAAGGCUGCCUUUGUCAGGCUCUACUUGGUCUCUCAAGGACGAUUCCCCUUGAUGGGCUUGACCGAUGUGCUCACUGUUGCUGUCCGGCACCGUGAAAAAGACACGCUGGCUUGGAUGACACUGCAGAGCUUAUACCAGGCACGGAUCGUGAGCCAUGCCAACACUGGCGUGUUGAAGAGAAUGGAGUGGCUCUUGGAACUGAUGGGUUAUAUCAGAAAUGUUGCUUACCAGUCAACAUCUGUUCAGAACGUGGCUCUUGAUGAGGCUUUGGACUUCUUGCUGCUGAUAUUCGCAGCCGCAGUGGUUGCAUGGGCAGACCACGCUGCCCCUCUCCUCCUCGGCCUCAGUGCCAGUUGGUUGCCAUGGCAUCAGGAACAUGGCCCAGCUGGGCCAGCAUCAAGCUUGCUUGGCAGGAGUCCAUUACACAGGGUCACUCUGCAGGAGGCUCUCACUCUCCUUCCCAGUAGCAUGCCUCUUCUGCUGCAGAAGGAGCCAUGGCAGGAACAGACCCAGAAGUUCAUUGACUGGCUGUUCAGCAUCAUGGAAAGCCCUAAGGAAGGACUCUCAGCAAAAUCCAGGGAUCUUUUAAAAGCUACCCUGCUGUCCUUGAGAGUGCUCCCAGAGUUUAAGAAGAAAGCUGUAUGGACCAGAGCCUAUGGUUGGUGAACAGCUUCGCAGUAGCCAGCAGCAUUCUCAGCUGGAUGAGGAAAACCAUAUAGGCAGAAGGAAUUUUUCAGAAUUCGUGUCUGGGAUCGCUGAGACAUGAUGCAGAGAGCUCAAGGGCAUGACAGGGUGGCCAUACAACUCACAGUUUGGACAGUGCAUGCCUGGAGAGGCUGCUUUGGUACCCAGGCCAGUUGAGACUGAAAUAAGAACCUGAAUUUUAUUUGGCUGAGAUCUGAAGGUUUUCUUUUGUGAAAAUUUGACUAUAUCAUCUCCUCCCUGCUAAAUUCUAGUAAAACAAUCUUGUGAAAUU